AUGUCUCGAAAAUAUGAAAAACUUCGGAAACAAAUUUUAAUUUUACAUGAAUUACAUCAAAAUUGGUCGUCAAGUGAUAUUGCCAAUGAAUUAAUGAACAGUGAUUGCCCACCAUCACAAACAAGACAAACCCUUAUUCGUUAUGUAAAUUAUACAAUUAAAAGAGGUACUAUUGAAGCAAGAAAAAGAACAGGAAGACCAAGAACGACCAGAACAUCUAUUUUUAUAUCGUUGGUUAAAGACCACAUGGAAAAUAAAUUAGGACAAUCAAUUCGAAAAACAAAUGAUUUAUUACAAAAAAACCAUGUCAAUUCUUCUUACAGCAGUGUUCGAAGAACAUUAAAAGAAGAUAUUAAAUUACAACCCUGGAAACUAACUCGUUCACAAAAAAUUAGCCCAAUACAACGGGAAGCACGUGUAAUUAGUGCAAAAAAGUUAUUAAAGAAAUUCGGGUUGAAUCCAACAAGAUCAAAUUCCAAGUGGAAACGCUUGGUGAAUACCGACUUUAGUGGUCGUGUCAGUUUAUUGCAGAAGCACAACAGUAAAAACAGCAUCAUUUGGUCUACAAGUAAAACAACGAUUCCACUCGCAUUACAAAGUGUUCAUCAAGAAAAAUGCAGUCCAGGUGUCUUAUUGUAUGGUGCAAUUUCAUCUCGUGGUUUAAUUCCACCAACUGCACCAGUUUUUAUUGAUGACUGGUUGAACAUAGAAUGUCAAAAAAUUAAUAAAAAGAAACCUACCAUGGAUAGAUUUUUAUAUGUUAAAUUAGUAAAACAGCUGAAAAUUCAUAUCGAUCAAUUAUACGAUGAUGUCAAUGUGAUAUGGCAAGAUGAUGGAGAUUCUAAACAUCGAUCUCAUUAUGCUUUAGCAAAAAUAAAUGAAAUUUUUGAUAAUCGUAUCAAUCCCGAAGAACAAUCGGAUAAAAUGGCUGAUGUAUGGCCGAUCAAAAACAUUUGGAGCUUCAUCAAGGAGAAACUGAAACGUGAAGAAAUUCAGGAUAUAUCGAUAUUGAAAAGAAAAAUUGUGAAGAUUUGGAGAACAAUUACUCCAAAAAUGUGUUCCGACUUGAUUAAUUCAAUACCGAGAAGAUUGCAAUGUUUGAUCAACAAAAAAGGUUUCCAAAUCA